GCAAGUCAUGAGUUGUAGUGUUCCUAUGCAAGAGACACUGCAUUAACAUUACUGAGAUCUUCGAUAAAUCUGAAUCUGAAUCAGUUAGCCCCUAUGGAUUUUUGUUAAUAUUUGAUUCCUUCUGUCUCCUGAACUCGCAAUAUAUAUUGAGAUAAUCUCAGUGGAAGGAAGGUAUAUCCAAAGACUCAAUUGUAUAGAGUCAAUCUCAAAGCCUUUCUCUUGUUUGAGAAAAUGCCAGCCACCCCUUUUAGCCCAAAAUCUCAUUCUCAUCACCAAUCUCGCUCAAAGAGCUUGCCUUGUAAACCACACCCUCUUAUUCUACAAUGCAAUCAACACUUGGGAAGUUUAGAGGCUUCAGCUUCAGCUUCAGAUGCAACUUCCUCUUCAUCAUCAUUGUUCAGACAAAAACUAACUGGUCUGCAGACUUUGCACGAUUGUAUUGAAAAGCUGGUUCUGCUGCCUUAUUCUCAAGAAGUCCUAGUCCAAGAGCGUCAAGAGAAGUGGGUAGAAGAGCUUUUGGAUGGAUCUUUAAGGCUCCUAGAUGUAUGUGCUGCUGCAAAGGACGCUUUGCUUCACACAAAAGAAUGUGCACGAGAACUUCAAUCGAUUAUGAGAAGAAAAAGAGGAGGUGAAAUGGAAGUGGCAGCUGAGGUCAGGAAAUUCUUGGCUUCUAGGAAGGUAGUAAAGAAGGUGAUCCUCAAAGCGUUGGAGAAUUUGCAGGCAACUGUGAAGAAAGCAAAAUUUUCUCCGAGCAACAAGGAUCACCGAACCACAACCUUGGCUAACUUGUUCAAAGAUGUAGAAGUAAUCACUCUUUCCAUAUUGGAGUCACUGAUGAACUUCAUCUCUGGAUCAGCACAAGCCAAACCAAGUAAAUGGUCUUUGGUUUCCAAACUCAUGCACAACAAAAAGGUCACUUCUACACAAGAAUCAGAUCAGAAUGAAUUCUCCAAUGUGGAUGCUGCAUUGCAGUCGUUUGUGUUUCACAUGACAAGAAAGUCUGACAACAUCAAUAGUUUGCAGAACCAUUUACAAGAUUUAGAGUCAGUCAUUCAAGACUUCGUGGAAGGACUUGAAACUCUUUUUAAACGUUGUAUUAAAAUCAGAGUUUCUCUUCUCAACAUCCUCAACCACUAGCUGUACAAAUCCGUGCCAAUGUUUUGUGAUUAUGUCAAUGAAAUUGGCUCCUAAUUUAGAUGAUAAUCUUUUUAUACCAUUUUUUGUUUUUGUUUCAUAUGUUGUUUAUUUCCUCAGUAACUCUUUCUGCAUAGCUUUUGCAAUUUGAUGCAUUUUCCCUAUCAAAUUGGAAAGCUUUUCCGUUAUGGCUGUAAAUCUAGCCUGUGAAGUGUAUAUGGUUAUCAGCAAGUGUAUUUUUAA